AUGGCCAUUCACACAAGCGAAAUUCGACCUUUCAGUGUGGAUCCCGUUCCUGAGAGAAGGAGAGACAGGCACGGCCCACUCCACUCUCGGUGCACACUCGUGUCGUUCCUUCUCACUUCGGAUGAGGGUGAAAGAAACCUUCCACUGCUCAACACCACACCUCUCCUACCUCUCCUCGCCCUCACCCUCCAAACGACACCGAAAUCCUACGGUCGUCCUCCCGAUGAAUCGACGUGGGCCACAUCGUCAAUUCGUGGAGUCCAUUCGCGCAUCCGCGCUGUAGAUACAGCAGCAGCGAAAGAAGUCAUGAACGAUCUCGAACCGCAAUCACUCUCUUACGCGGCCGAGAAAGAGAUCCUCUAUCGCAGAGAACCCAACACCCGCCAUCACCAUCACGUCCACGUACACAAGCUGAAGCCUCGUCAAGAAACCACCGUCGAGCAGGUCCAGGCAGUCACCACCGUUAUCCAAACCCUCUCCUAUGUCCAGCAGUUCGAUGUCGACUCCGAGGGGAAUGUCUUUUCGACCCAGAAAAUCUUGACGAAUACCCCCGAAGGCUUCACAUUGCCUAACACGACAGCAGCUAGUCCCACUACUGAGAGCAUUGGAGAUACUGCAUCAUCGGCCGCUCCUUCAUCGACCGCUUCACCAGUAUCACCAGCCUCAUCUGCGCAGCCAGAUUCUUCGUCACAGUCUUUACUACCGAGCUCAAGCACUUUACCGUCCUUGACGUCCACUCCUUCAAUACCAGCCACGACCGACUUUCCGUCUAUAUCUAUUUCUUCUAAUGCCACCUUGAGUGCUUCAACGCCUUUAAUUCUGAGUUCAAGUAGCUCAUCCUUGUCAUUUUCAAAUACGACCACCUCUUCUUCUUCAUCUUCUAGAUCUUCGCUUACAUACCUAACCUCGGAUUCUUCUUCUUCGUCCGGGACCUCGACUUCUUCUUCAAAUCUUUCUUCAACCUCUUCGUCCACAGCAGAGGUCACUUUCAGUUCAACAACUUCAUCACCUACGGGUGCAGUGGGAGGAGAUGGUGGAGGAGCAGUAGGAGGUGCGACGGGCGUGGCACCAUCGGGUGCAUCACCUUCAAGUACGGGAGCUGCCGGUGCCGGUGGUGGAUCUUCAACACCUUCGACUUCUGUGGUGGUAGGGAGUGUGGUUGGGAGCGUAGCAGGGGUUGCUUUUCUACUAAUUUUAUUGCUACUUCUUGCCAAAUGGAGGAAACGAAAGAACAUGCUAUCACUCGGUAAUGGGAACGAUGGUGGAGCAGAAGCAGCCGCCAGAGAACUACCCCCAGCUGCGCCUACAGGUGGCAUGACACAACGACGUUCGACGACGUUCGCCGUACCAGUUGCUCUAGCCAGUCUUGCAGCUGGAUUUACCAAACGAUCAUCCCAACGAAGCGAACGAACUGUGUCCACUGCGCCGAGCGAGCGAGGAUUCUAUCGAGUUUCUGGGAGGAAACUACCUUCCGUACUACAAUCCGGUGGUGAUGGCUAUGGUGGUGGAGCUCCCGAUGCGAACACUCUCAGCGGAUCAUCAUUUUAUCGCGAUUCGACUGGCUUUUACGGAGGUGGAGGGCCUUCACAUGGUCCUAGCAGCCCUCUGGCAUCCAAUACAGCUGCAGUACCUUCAGAACGUGAUAGUGGAGUUCCCGUCAUGCGACCAAGUCCGGCCAGGACGCCUGUUACAGAGCAAGGUCCUUUUAGAUCUCUGGCCACGCCCCCACCUCCACUUCAACCCCCUCGACGACAUGAUCUUCCCGAUAGUGUCGGCCGUUCGCAUCCAUCCCAAGAUGGAUCUCAUGCUUCAAGGUUUACGGAGGAGGUUUAA